AUGUCAAAACUUCAGGCAGCCACUUCUUCCCUAUGCCCUACAUUUCUUAAACGAGCCGCUGCAGGAGGCUUGGCCGCUGGGUCUCGGCGAUGGAGAGAUGAGACGCUGGCUGCCGCCGCCGUAGCGGCUCAGGGUGACAUCGACAGCCCUGAGCUCAAUGGGCCCCUCUGUUCCCCCUGCGCAGCGGAAUUGGCCCUUAGGCGCAGUCACAAUGGACCAGUGCCCCCAGUCAUGCGCACUGCGUCAAAGGGCCGCUCCGCCUUCGGCCCCUUCUCUUUCGCAGAGCUGCUCUCUGCUAACUCUACCGGCCGAAGCCGACUCAAUUCCCUCCUUUAUGCUUCCUUUUUGAAGUCCAUAGCUCAGAGUAAAUAUGAACGAGAGCAAGUGGAGACUUACAGCAGUCACCCUGGGAAAACUCAGAUCAACAGACAGUCCGGCAAGCUGCCCAUUGACAAAUCAGCUUCAGCACCUCAAUCUGAUGAAGGCUCAGAUAUUGAUUCAGAACCAGAUUUGCCACUAAAGAGGAAACAGCGUCGGAGCCGGACAACCUUCACAGCAGAGCAGCUGGAAGAGCUGGAAAGAGCUUUCGAAAGAACCCACUACCCUGACAUUUAUACCCGAGAAGAACUUGCCCAAAGGGCUAAGCUCACGGAGGCCCGAGUGCAGGUCUGGUUUAGCAACCGCCGGGCAAGAUGGAGGAAGCAAGCUGGGGCCAAUCAACUGAUGGCUUUCAACCAUCUAAUUCCGGGGGGAUUCCCUCCUACUGCCAUGCCAACUCUACCAACAUAUCAGCUGUCGGAGACCUCGUAUCAACCUACGUCUAUCCCACAAGCUGUGUCUGACCCCAGUAGUACAGUCCACAGACCUCAGCCUCUUCCUCCGAGCACCGUGCACCAAAGUACGCUACCGUCCAACCCAGAGAGCAGCUCUGCAUAUUGCCUGCCCAGCACCAGACACGGAUUUUCCAGCUAUACAGACAGCUUUGUGCCUCCAUCCGGGCCCUCCAAUCCCAUGAACCCCGCCAUUGGCAAUGGCCUUUCACCUCAGGUAAUGGGACUCUUGACUAACCAUGGUGGAGUACCUCACCAGCCCCAGACUGAUUAUGCUCUUUCUCCUCUCACUGGGGGCCUAGAACCAACCACUACUGUGUCUGCCAGCUGCAGUCAGAGACUAGACCAUAUGAAGAGCUUAGAUAGUCUGCCAACAUCUCAGUCCUAUUGCCCUCCAACCUACAGUACCACAGGUUAUAGCAUGGAUCCUGUCACAGGCUACCAAUAUGGACAAUAUGGACAAAGUGCCUUUCAUUAUCUGAAGCCAGAUAUCGCAUAA